GGGAGCGAGGGGGCGGAGAGGAGGCCGAGCUGGGGAAGGAAGAGGAAGGGAGCCGUGAGCCGGAGCGCAGAGCCCGAGCGGCGGGAAGCGGGAAGCCGAAGGGAGCGCUCCGGGGCACCGGGAGAAACGCACUUGGCAUUGUAAUAAACUAGACAGACGCUGGACGCAUGCGCACGGCCAACGGAGGCCAGCCGGACGGAGCUUCCCCUCCAGCUAGUCCGGUGGACUGUACGAGCUCUAUGGGAUCUGAGCGGCCUGAGAUGCGCAAGAGGCAGGCCUGCACUGGGAAGGAGGCACCAGACUCCAUUCCAAACCAGCAGGGAGUGGAGAGCCGGGGCUCCAAUGCAUGCUGCUUCUGCUGGUGUUGCUGUUGUAGCUGCUCCUGCCUCACUGUUAGAAACCAGGAAGAUCAGAGACCCGUGAGAGCAUCCCAGGAACUCAGAACAGAUGUUCCACCCUGUGAAGAAAGCCCGACUCCCACUCUGGAAGAAGUCAGCGCAUGGGCCCGGUCAUUUGACAAUCUAAUGAUCACACCAGCAGGAAGAAACGCUUUUAGGGAAUUCCUGCGAACAGAAUUCAGUGAAGAAAACAUGCUUUUCUGGAUGGCCUGUGAAGAACUGAAAAAGGAAACAAAUAAAAGCAUUAUAGAAGAGAAAGCAAGAAUAAUAUAUGAAGACUACAUUUCUAUCCUUUCUCCUAAAGAGGUCAGCCUGGACUCCCGAGUAAGAGAAGUUAUCAACAGGAACAUGGCCGAUCCAUCCCAACACAUAUUUGAUGAUGCACAACUGCAGAUCUACACCUUAAUGCACAGAGACUCUUACCCUCGAUUCAUGAACUCUGCUGUCUAUAAGGAUUUGCUUCAGUCCUUAUCUGAGAAAUCAGCUGAAGUAUAGGAGGGUUCAAAUUAUUUAUUAUAAAUAAAAGAACUCAUGGAUUUCGUCUAGCACAGGGAAUUUAGAGGUAGUAAUGUCUUCUGCUGGAGUAAUACUUGACUGUUUAAUAACAGAUUCUUCCUUCCACAGACAGCUAUAUAUAUUCCGUGUGAACUGCAGCCACCUUUAGUGAAACUACUGAGAAUGUGAUGACUGUUUUUAUAAAGAUAGUUCACUUACACUUUCAGGAACCAUAGCAUGUUCCCAGUGACAAAGGCUACACUGGAGGACACCCUGCCCAGAGCAUGAACAUGCACACAGUAUACAUGAUCACUUUUGUUUUGCAUGAGUUCAGUAACAGCUUACCCUCUAAACAAGAGAUUCAAGUGCUUUUCAACUAUCCCUUCCAUCUAAAUAUCCCACUUAGUGCUGUGACAGGACCCAAAUUCACAUGUGACCAUUCCUUGUAAAAAAGCAGUAAUCUACUUUCAAUCUUGAGUAUUAUGAGCAUAGACCGGGGGGGGGGGGGGGGAUUGCGUGCGUGCCUGCACAUGGUUAAAGCAAAGCACUGUGCUCCUAGCGGAUCUGAAGCUUGGUGAGAAGUACGUAUGUAAUUCUUUGGUUGGAAAGAGCUACCACUAUUACUGGAAUCUACCAACUGAAGAAUACAUUUUUGACAUUCACAGUUUGAUCAUGUUCACAAAACCUUCAAAUAAGCAUAUUUUCUUUUUUAUUAUUGAAAUAUGGGUAUUUUCAAUAUAAAAAAUAAAGCA